AUGGCAGACGAACAACCUCAACUCGUUCUACUCCCCGAGGGAUUGUGGAUACUUGAUGAUACUGGGAAAAAUCUCAUAUUCCUGUCCGAAGAAGAGCUCGACCGAAAUGCUAUCGAACCCACUGAUAAUACAAUACCUAGAGAUCCACCCGCAGAGGUCAUCACCAAAUACCUCUCCAUCCUAACUCCCCCUCAGAAGAAGAUGCAAGAUGAGCUCCGCGACUUGGGCUGGAAUGAUGCUGCCAUUCACAACUUGCUCACUAUCCUUGAAGAUGCGCAGCGGUACAACUGCGCAAAGCUACGCCAGAAGGGAUACACUGAAGGUGAAAUCCAAAGGCUCGAUGCGCUCGGCAAUAAAAAUGUAAUGGAUCUCUCGCAUCCCAAACGUGGACUUGCCAGCACAGUUGAUGAAGAUUAUCAACUGCAGCUGUACUUGCUGGAUGAGGUAAAUCAAAGACGUCUGGUUAUGCUUGGAGAGGAAUAA